AUGUACUUUGCUCAGACCAUCGUCGCCGCCCUCCUGGCCGCCACCUCGGCCGUCGCCGCCCCCGUCGCCGACGGCCCCGUCAACAUGAUGGCCACGGUCCCCCGCGUCAUCUUCGAGCACGUCGUCCGCAACUGCGACGCCGGCGACAACUCGUGCACCACCACCUUCACCAUCAACCCCCAGCGCUUCGACAAGCAGUACGUCAGCUUCGUCAACACCCGCAACGGCGACACCCCCGCCUCGCGAAACGCCGGCGCGGCGCAGAGCUUUGGCGACUACACCAUCACCUCUGGCUGGAGCGGCCAGUUCGGCCCCGGAAACGGCUUCACCGUCUUUUCCGUCGUCGACCACAAGCACAAACUCAUCACCUACCCUAGCUACACCGACAAGCAGCUGGCUAAUGGCCAGGUCGUCACGCCUGACCAGAGCUACGCUCCUGCCAACCUGAACUAA